ACCAAGGAGUUUUCGUCCCUCGCUUGUGCAAGCUCGCAACCAACAUCGCCUUGUAGAGAGAGACGUCAGGAGUCGUGGAUCCCAGCCAAACAAAGCAACGAUAUUAGACAAGGCUGGCUGGAACACAGGAAUCACAUAGUCCACCUUGCCCGUUGCAGACUUCUACGCAGGCAGUAUUCUGAAUGGGAGCCGGAUUCAGUUUCACUUGAGUAUUCUGAAUGGGAGCAGGAUACAGUUUCACUUGACUCGGCCCCUGAAGAAUCCCAGCAACCCCCAACGACAACCGCAGUCCCCGCCUCCUCCCCAAGUUCACCCCAUCACCCCACUCCGUUCGCCCCAUCAAACUCUGCACCUCCCUUGCCGAGGAGGAUUUUGGAAGUACUCGCGUCUUGGACUCCACCGAAGAGAUCAAGGUCAAAGUCUUCAGGAAGGAAAGGAUCGAGGUCUCCACGGACGAAGAGGUCAAGGUCUCCACGGAAGAAGAGGUCAAGGUCUCCACGGAGAAAGAGGUCAACGUCGCCAGCGAGUUUGCGGUCCCCAGAUUGGAAGCGAACCAGCGGGAAAGCUAGCUCACCCCGUAGCUCCAGACCUAUCCACAGCCGUAGAAGCCGCUCCCAUUCCUCGUCAAGCUCCUCCCCCAGCUCAGACCGUUGCCGUGGCAAAAGGCAGGCAGCCAGGAGAUCUAGGCGAAGCUCUGGGUCCCCACGAAGGGGUCGGGGGUCACGAUCGCCCCGGCAUGCACGUGGUACCAGACCCAACCGCAGGUCCCGCUCUGGGUCUCGAUCCCCUCACCCCUCAUCUCAGCGAAGACGGUCGCGCAGUCACGAUGGGAGGUCUUCGGGUCGCAGACAAGAGGAGACCAGCGUAGAACAGCUGGCCAAGAAACUACUGGAAUCCUCUGGUGUCCAGAGCUUCACUGGCUCCUCCAGUCUAGAGCUUGUGGUCCAGUCUCUGGCCCCAGUGCUGCUGGCAGAGCUGGCCAAGCUGAAGGCCGCUUCAUCAUCAUCCUCUGAUUCAUCUAAAGAAAAGAAGCCAUCCUCCCCCUCGUCAUCUAGAGAUGAACAGAAGCAGUCAUCCUCCUCAUCUAGAGACGAGAAGAAGCCAUCCUCCUCCUCCUCAUCUAGAGAUGAACAGAAGCAGUCAUCCUCGUCAUCUAGUGACAAGAAGAAGCCUUCCUCAUCUAGAGAUGAACAGAAGCCGUCAUCCUCAUCAUCUAGAGACAAGAAGCCAUCCUCCUCUUCCUCAUCUAGAGAUGAACAGAAACCGUCAUCCUCAUCAUCUAGAGAAAAGAAGCCAUCCUCCUCUUCCUCAUCUAGAGAUGAACAGAAGCCGUCAUCCUCAUCAUCGACAGACGAGAAGAAGCCAUCCUCCUCUUCCUCAUCUAGAGAUGAACAGAAGCCGUCAUCCUCCUCAUCUAAAGACGAGAGGAAGCCAUCCUCUUCCUCAUCUAGAGAUGAACAGAAGCGGUCAUCCUCAUCAUCUAGAGACGAGAAGAAGCCAUCCUCCUCUUCCUCAUCUAGUGAUAAACAGAAGCAGGCAUCCACUUCUUCGACCAAAGGAGGGAAUGAACCACCUUCGUCCUCUUCCUCUGUUAAGGGAAUCAAGAAGGUGCUGGUUAAGAAGAGUGUACCAAUUAAAUCUGCAAAACCACCAGGGUCGGGCCUCCUGGGCUUCGUACCGGCCCACCCUCCCCUGCUCCUGUCUGGGCUUCCCUCCAAGGUCACCCAGCAGCAGGUGUUCUCCGCUGUGGAGAAGUUCGGAAAAAGCAUACUCGUUUCUGUGGUGCGACAAGAGGCCACGGUGUACUUUCGACAAGAAGCUGCCGCUCAUGCCUUGCUCGGCUUUACGGAGCUGAAGAUUGGUGGAAAUCCAAUCACUGUGACACAGAUAGCGGUACCUGGGACAACAACAGUGCCACACCUUCUUCCGACCCCGGGCUCUUCUGUCCAAGCACAAAGCUCUGCUACAAUGGCCGUCAAUGUUGUGGCAGAACCUCCCUUAAGUUCCAUGCAAUGCAACAAAACGACCGCGCCCGGUAUCAAAACGACCGCACCCGGUACCAAAGGGACCACGCCUGGCAACAAGAAGGCCACGCCUGGCAACGCGACUACCACGCCUGGCAGCAAGACAACCACGCCUGGCAAAAAGACAACCAUGCACGCCAACAAGAUGUCUACUCCCAGCAAGUCAACAACCACGCCUGACAACAAGGUGACCACACCCGGCAUGGCGGCAACGCCAGGUAAAAAGCCCGCCCUGCCUGGCACAGCACCUAUUAUACCUGGCAACGAGACUGCAACCCCUGGCAACACAACAGCCACUUCUGUCAAGAACACUACCAUGCCAAGCAACGCAACAACCUUGCCUGACAACAAGACGACCACACCCGGCAACAAGACGGCUAUUCUCUGCAAAAAGACAUCCAUGCCUAGCAGCACAACGACUGUGCCUGGCAGCACAACAACGCCCGGCAACAAGAUGACCCCACCCGGCAACAAGGCGGCCACGCCUGGUAACAAGAGUGCCACGCCUAGUAACAAGACUGCCACGCCUGGUACCAAGAUGACCACACCCGGCAACAAGGCGGCCUCGCCUCUUAACAAGACGGCCACACCCGGCAGCAAGAUGGCCCCGCCCGUUAACGUAACGAUCACACCUGGCAGCGACACGACCACAACCGGCAACACAACAACCAUGUCUGAAAACAAGGUGGCCACACCCGGCAACAAGACGCCCACUAACGGCAACAAGACUACUGUUCUCUGCAAAAAGACAUCCUUGCCUAGCAUCACAACGAAUGUGCCUGGCAGCACAGCAACGCCCGGCGACAAGACGCCCACACCCGGUAACAAGAUUGCCACGCCUGGUAGCACCACAACCAUGCCCAGCAAAAAGAAGAUAACCCCUGGCAACACUAUAACCACGCCUGUCAACAAUACGGCCACACCCGGCGACAAGAUGGCCCCGCCCGUUAACGUAACGAUCACACCUGGCAGCGACACGACCACAACCGGCAACACAACAACCAUGUCUGAAAACAAGACGCCCACUAACGGCAACAAGACGCCAACUAACGGCAGCAAGACGCCCACUAACGGCAACAAGACGCCCACUAACGGCAACAAGACGCCCACUUCUGACAACAUAACACCCACGCUGGACAACAAGGCAAUCAAGCUCAGCAACAACACUGCCACACCUGGCAGUGACGCGACCACAACCGGAAACACAACAACCAUUUCUGAAAAUAAGACGACCACACCCGACAACAAGACGGCCACGCCUGGUAACAAGAUGGCCCCGCCCGUUAACGUAACGAUCACACCCGGCAGCGAUACGACCACAACCGGCAACACAACAACCAUGUCUGAAAGCAAGAUGACCACACCCGGCAACAAGACGCCCACUUCCGACGACAAGACGCCCACUUCCAACAACGUAACACCCACGCCUGACAUCAAGGCAAUCGAGCUCAGCAACAACACGGACAUGCAAGGCGACACAGAAGUCUUCCCCACAGUCCUCUUCCUCGGAUCAAUUCCGCCUAUUCUCUGCAAAAAGACAUCCAUGCCUAGCAACACAACGACUGUGCCUGACAGCACAGCAACGCCCGGCAACAAGAUGGCCACACCUGGCAGUGACACGACCACAACCGGAAACACAUCAACCAUGUCUGAAAACAAGAGGACCACACCCGACAAGGCGGCCACGCCCCUAAACGUAACGAUCACACCUGGCAGCGACACGACCACAACCGGCAACACAACAACCAUGUCCGAAAACGAGACGCCCACUUCCGACAACAAGACGCCCCCUUCUGACAACCUAACACCUACACCUGACAACAAGGUAAUCGAGCUCAGCAACAACAAGGUCACGCGAGGCUGCACAGAUGUCUUCCCCACAGUCCUCUCCCUUGAAUCAAUUCAAUGUCUUGAUGUUCAGUGUUGGACAUGGAAUGACUUUCUACCCUACGCCACCGGUGGUGCCACCAUCAUGGUGACUGAUCUGCCAGAGAUAGAAUACGAUGCUUACCCUCCGUCUUUGAUCACACCUUUUUUGGGGAAGUUUGGCAACAUCUAUUGGGACAAAUGCUUCAUCCUUCCUGACAACUGCACGGCGUUUUUAACCAUGACGGCCAAUAGGAUGGCAUCCCUGAUUGAGGCGCUGGUGAUGGAAGCCUCCUUGAACUUCGAAACUGUCCGCUUUCACAUUCUGAAGGAAAACGCCCUUGAAUCUCCGAUCACCUUCUAUAAACAUCUUCUGCGCUGGAGUGAAAAGCUUUAUGAUGAGUCUACAUUGGAGAACAGACUGGUGUUCAUCAACAACAUUCCUUAUUGCGAAUCCUCGAUGGACGACAUCUUUAAAGGCGUCCUCAAGACCGGAGGAGUCAGGCACUACCUGCCGCUGAUUGGCAAGAUAUUUGUCGAAUUCGUCACGGUGGAGGAUGCAGACCGAUUCAGUGUCUGGCUGUCCACAUUUCCACUGGACUGGGAAAUCCAUAUCUCGCGUCCUGGCCUCGCCCACGACAAGGCACGGCUUGAAGAUGCGUUCUUGAUGACGGUGUUCACCCAGACCGUAUUCUAUCCCACCCUGUCCCCCCAGUUCUACACCCCUGCACACAGGACGGUGAACGGACCAGAAGACCUUGAGUGGGCGGAGACCAAUUUGACUACGCAGAGCGUCAUGGUGACAGGGCUGGCGUUAGGCUCCUACCGCCACAUGGACCUCGUGGAUGAGGUGUGGCCUUACUUCGUGGAGAAGGACAUCAGCCGUGUGUACUACUGCGUAGUGAUACUACCUCUGCAGAGAAGGGCCUUCAUCCACUUUGACGACGCUUUGAAGUGUAGGGAGUUUGUCUCAGAUUUCCUCCACAAGCCGUUCACUAUCGGAGGAUCUGACCUCACCCUCCACUUCCUCCUGGACCAUUAUAAGCCCUGCACCUCAGAGCUGCAAUUGUACUACAGAAUGCUUCAUCUGAGCAAUGUGGUGUCUAAGGGGACUGGUCACCAGGAGCAGCUGAUACUGAAGGAGAUGGAUCACUGCAACAGGAAAGUGCUGAGGGACAUCUUUGACCACUUGUCGAAGAAAACACACCUUAAAUGGCUCAGCUGCCUAGUCCUCGCCAACCGGGUGGUUUUCCGGCUCAUUGGGGGAAGACCCGAUAUUAACAAGAGGACCAAAGUGUUGAAUAAGCUCAAUGGUAAAAAGGGGAAGACUCAAGGUCAAUAUGGGACCAAUCGGGAGGUUGUAGACAAAGUGUGGAAAUCGGUAAGCGAUUUCACGUCAAGCAUUCAGAAUAUAGAUGUCAGGACAGUGAUCAACAGUCCCCAGCAUGCAAAGUCUGGCCAAUCGCCACCGGACCCCUCAGCGCCUGGCCCCUCAGGUCCUGGCCCCUCAGGUCCUGGCCCCUCAGCGCCUGGCCCCUCAGGUCCAGGACCUUACCUCCAGAGAGAGCAGGUCUCAAUGGGGCUCGACAAGACCACCUCCUCAUCUACGUCUACUGGAUUGGAGUCCAACUCUUCAACGACAGCCCACUCCUCAUUCUUGUCUGGAGCCACAGUGUCCUCCUCCUUACAUCUCCACAAGUCUUCAUCUUCUUCAGAUCUCCCCAAGUCCUCCUCAUCUUCUUCAGAUCUCCCCAAGUCCUCCUCUUCCUCUACUUCUUCUUCUCUCCCCCCUCCGGUCGGAGUAGUCCCUUCCUCUUCUGAACAGAACACACAACAGAAGUGUGAAGAAUCUUCUGCCCAGGUGUCUGAGGCUGUUGACACGACACACACUCCAUCGCGUACCAGCCAGGAAGGUACACUUAUCACUACCACGGAGGAGGCGGAGUCUCUUCCUGCCUGUCCAGCAAUCAGAAGGAAGGAGGAAGCCGCGAUGGUAUGUGAAGAUGACAUGGCGAGGUUUGGCCAUAUGAUGGCAGCAGAGACCUCUGCCGUGAAAAGUGCAGCAUCACUGACAGGAAAGGAUGUCUUACACACUGAUCCAUGUCUGGAGGAAGAGGGGAAGAGAAAGGCCCAGCAAGAGUUAACCCUCACAGGAAAGGAUGUGGUCGUCUCUCCCAGCGAAGACAUGAAGGAGAACAGAGUAGAGGUGGACGAAACACACCAGCAGCUGGGUGAUGAAAAGUCAAGCGACCAGAUGCUCCAUUCGAGGCCAGAGUGUGGCGAGGAGACGCCACACCAAACCCCGGUCCAGCCUGAGACACCAGGCCUCCCUAACCCUGAGAGCCAGACCUCUGAACCCCAAGAGGAGGAAAUGUUGGCCAAAGUCGCUGAUGAAGCUGAGCCAUUCCAGGAGGUCCCAGAGCACAAAGAGACUAUUUUGGAAGAGGGGAAGGUGACAAUUGUAGAAGAACGAAUGCCUUCUGUGAAUGAAGAAACCCCAUCGGUAGUUUCGGAGGCAGCUGAUGCUUUACUCAACGAUGCAUCGACAGAAGAAGGAGACAUCAACCGGCUCAUGGACUGUGUUGAUGAACCGGCUCAUGGACCGCUGUCCACCAGACGCUCCACCAGGCACUCCACACCCACCAAGAAGAGGGAAAGCCCUGCGGAGGAACCAGUGGAGAAGGCAGUCCCGGGGCCUCCCGUGACGAGGGGCGCUAGGGGCAGAGGAAGGAAGGCCAAAACCCCUACGAGGAAGGACGGCAAGCGGAGUCUAGAGGAAACCGUGUUUGAGGUGUUGGAUUCCAUUGGGGGCGACGUGGUGGAAGACGCACCAGCGCCAGAACAACCAGGACGACCCCGACGGGGGCAAGCGAACAAUGACCCAACGCCUGAAAAAGAUGGAAAGGUAGUACCUGACGACACUCCUGAAGGAACGCACGGCAAGCAGGAGCAAGUCAAGAAAGAAGAGGAGGUGGCCCGUGAAGUCAUGGAGGAGCCACAAGGUGACGAGCAGCCUGCUGCCGGAAAGAGAAGGAGUGGACGAGGGAGGAAAGAGGAGGUGGCGGUCUCUGGGACCUCCGAAAUAGCCGCCAAAGAAGGUCAACAGAGGGUGAAGGACUUGGAGGAGGUGUACCAGGUGGUGGACUCAGUUGCGGGCGAGGAGGAACCGGCUCCAGUGGAGGAACAGCCGCCAGGGUUAGAGCCUAGCAGGGGGAAGAGAGGUGGUACGGUCGCGGGGAGUGACUCCGUGACAGAAGACAAAGCGGCAAAGAAGAUGAAAACCACGGUUCAAACCGUACUGCCCAAAGUAAAUGAGGGUGUUGGAGCAAAGAAGGCGAUCGACGGAAGGAUGAAGGAGAGCCAGGAGCAGGAGGAGAACGCUCUGGUGUGUCUGGAUGAGGUCAGUGAGGAAGAGGAGGACUACCCCGACGAUUCAGUUGAGGAGGAAGAGCUGAGGAAGAGGCAGGCAGUCGAGGAGAGGAGGAGAGAGGAAGAGGAGGAGAAGAGGAAGCGAGGAGAAGGAAUGGAGGGGCUGUUGACCCUAGAUGAGGUUGGAGAGGAGGAGGAGGAGGUGGAUGAGGAAGAGGUUUGUCCUGGAGGAGAGGAAGAGAGUGGAAGAACAGUGGGGGGGAUCACAGAAGAAGAACUGCAGGCGUUGGUCACUCUGGAAGAGAUUGUGAAGGAGGAACAGGAAGGGGAGGAGCCAACACAUUCAGAGCCCCUUCCAGACGACCAAUCAGAGGCCAGGUUGAAUACUGAGACGUUCUGUGAUGAAGAGAAAGCAUCUUCCUCCAUCGUUGGUGAAUGUAAACAAAACGAGGAGCAAGCAGAGGAGUGUGUGAGCUUCGUGACCUUGGACAAGAUGGGAUACGAGGAGGAGGAGAAGAUACAGACAUGCAGCAAAAGAGGUAGACAGGCUACAGAGAGGAAAUGCACCAGGAGAGAACAACAACAACCAGCAACGGCUAAACACUCGGAGGAGGAAUCCCCGCCCAUCCCGGCCCAUGCUACCUUGCUAUUGGCCGGCGAGCCCGGGGCUGUUUUGAGCGUCAAGGGAGCAGAGCCAAUGGCAGAAAGCCCCGCCCGGGAUGGUGAAGAGACGGGGUCGGAGGAGACGAGGCUUCUGAGGAAAUCAUCCAGUAAAGCGCGGAGGGUGGAGGAAGAGGCGGAGCCUAAGAGAGUCCGCUCUCACUCUCCCUCCGUUGCCCAUGACUACACCCUGCCCGCGUUCACCCCCAACAACCCCCUUGGGUCGGAGCAUGUGGUUCCUGGGUUCUACUGUAAUCUGUGUUCUGUGUUCUACCAAAACGAGACCAGCGCCAGGACACUCCACUGCAGCCGCUUGGGUCACUACAACAACCUGAAGAAGUAUUACCAGGGUCUCCAAGAGGAACAAUCCAGAAGCCAAUCAGGAGGAUCUACUCCUGGCAACGCCCCCAAAUUACUCUAGCCCCGCCCACAUACACAGAACUGUCUUUUCAUUGGUUUCACCGGAAUAUGGGGAAGCCUCGUCGAUGUUGUUCAAUCUUUUUAUGUCGUUUGGAGUGUCUGAAGAACGAGAUAAGUUUGUUUAGCGCCAAAACAAAAGGACAAUGUGUACUCUGACCGUUCAGAAUACAGAAGGACAGAGGUCUGCACUUCCCAGAUCGUUAUUAGACAGAGUUCACGACGGAGUAGACUGUUCUUGCUGUUCUUACUUUUUACUUGUGUGUCUUAAAUGUUUUUCUAUGAUGAUCAAGAGUCAUCAUGGUAUGACCGCUUUAUUAAAGUUCUCUAUGUAUCAAACUAUGUUAUGUUUAAUGAUUUCAUAUAAUGACGUUGAAUAAAAGUCAACCAAAAAUGAAA